AUGACGUUCACGGAGAGAUGGAACUUUAAUCGCAUCGGAGAUGUAUCCGAAAUGAGGUUGGCCUCGCCCGAGGAAGGGUUCAAGUCUUCGGUUCCGAAAUUGGGGAAGGACAACAAAAGAAAGAGGGUUUCGAAGCCUGAAGAUCCUCAAGACAAGAAAACACCUGCCCGUAGGCUACAGAAAAGAUUUGCUCAUGUGGACGCAGAUUCGACCCACGAUUCCCUAGAUGAUGAGGAGAAUGAUGGUGGAGAGUCGAUGUUAGUGCUUCGAACCAGGAAACCCAUCGAGACCACAAAGCCCUCCGGACAAGAGACCUCAUCCCUUGGUGAGGGAACCCCAAAGAAGGAUUUGGGCAAGGCCCCCGUGUCCCCGGAGAUUGAGAUCGUUCCUCCGCCUUCAACAGGUAUACCCGAAGGUGAGAAUGUGGAAACUCUCGAAGCCAAUCAGAACGCCCUGAGUGAAGAGCUCGGGGCCAUGACAACAGGUCACUCCCUUUCUCUACCAUCUUAUUCCGAGGAGGCAAUCGAAGAUGCUAACGCUCUGUGUAUGCCCGAUCCAAGCAAGGUCCUCGAGGAAGAUCUCUUUCAUGGUUUCUAUGCUGGGAUUGAAGAUACCACCGACCUUAACGAUGCUUCCACCAUCUUUGAAGAGGCUCAACGUCUCCUUUCUCAGACCAUCGCCAAGUUUAGGGCCGAGCUGAGCCAAUGUGAGGCCGAGCUUAAGAAAGUUUCGGGUGAAGAGAAGGCCCUGAGGCUCCUUUGUAACCAAAAGGAAGAAGAGCUUAGGGAUCUCCGGGCUGAAUUGGCCAAAGCCCAGAAAAAAGAGACCGAACUAGACGAGCAAGUAACUAUGAUAUUAACAGGGUACGGUCUUCUUGGCUCUACUUCGGAGGCUAACACUUUGAUAUCUCAGCUGCAGCAAAAUUUGGAGAUGAUUGGGCAGCUUCGGGGCGCGGUUGAUCAAGUUAAAGUUGAUUGUCAUAGGUGGAAGAAGAACAUGGAUCAGCUCGCUGCCGAUAAGGAAGUUGUUACAGUCCAACUGACCUCGGCCGAAACUCAACUCCGAGGUAUUAAAGUGAAGGGUCUAGCCCAGGCCAAGAAAAUCGAGGAGUUAGAGGCAGAUUUUUCUGGAGCCCGGGCUGAAGCUGCACAAUCUAAGGCUGAGGUGGAGAAGACGAAUGUCACGGCUAAAAAGACCAUUGCCGUGUACUUAAGAGAUGUCGCAGCUGUUCAAGAGGAGCCGAGGGAGGCCUCCGACCGGGGAAGACGGAUCAAUGAAUUGACCAAGUGGCAAGCCCGGAGGGAGACUCUCGAAGAAAUACAUGCCCGAGGGUUCGACCUCACUGGGGAGAUAGCCGAAGCGAAUGCGUAG